UUGUAAACAACCCAACCCUUCUUCAUUUUCGCGGUUAACCUUACACGCCCGCCCCUGCCGCCACUCUUCACCCCUUCAACCACCGUCUCGGCGGCCGCUGCGCACACACUGAGCAAGAGAACAACAGCUCACCGCCGUCUCAAUCCGAUACCGAGUCUAUAGGUUACACACGAUUCCAGCGUUCGUUCCUCCACUCAGAACUUGCAACAUCGUAAUGGACAGCGCAGUUCCGUCGUCGCGGCGGCGAAGCGGCGGUCGUGGAGGAACAAAGCCGCACAGUAAGAAAAGGAAGCAAAGAAGCACUGAUGUUAUCGAAGAGGUGCGAGAAAAUUUAAAAUCUGCUCGUGUCGAUGAACCGGGCGGGGGGAAGGAAGAGCGUUCGCCGUGGAAGAAUUUGCAGCUGAUUCUGUCGCUACAAGACAAGAACGUCGAUAUUCUGAAGAACAUUGAUUUGGCAUUUAAUUAUGCAAAUUCAAGCAAUAGUGAAGAGAUGGAUGAUAUUUGUCAGAGGUCGCAGGUAUUGGAUACUUCAAGAACGAUAGUUUUCGUAAACAAUUGGAUCCAAUCAGUUCUCAUUUCUUCAGAAAAGAAAACAAGGCAUGAUGAAGAAGCACCUCAGUUUGAAACUUCUGUGUCAAUUAUGGAUUUUAGGUGCUGGAAAAUCUUUCAUUUCUGCUUGGAGGAGUUGAAAAACCUUCAUAUGCCGUUGACAUGCUCUAGGGACAUUUUACGGGUGAUUCUUGCAAUUGCAAGGGAUGCAUCAUCUUUUAUUAAUAAAACGGCAUCAUCUGUUAAGAAAACACUUUCAAGAGAAAGACUACAGAUAUAUGAUAUUGUGCUUGAUUGUGUCUCGAUGGUAUUCUCAUUCCAUGGUGGAGUUGCUAACAAAAAUUUAGACUUGUGGAUUUUACUCAUGGAAAAAAUGAUUGACUCAGCCUUGAAAGUUGUUACGUGCCAGCUUGAUGGAAGCAAGCUUGGGGAUUUCAUCUUGCAGUUAGCUUGUUAUUUGUUUGAGCCAUUUGCUAAGUUUUUAAGCAUUCACCCAACACGUAAAAAUGGUUUCCAAAAUUUCAUUGAUAAGCUUCUUGAGCCUCUGCUGCACUUGUUACAUGGUUUGCAUUCUAUACCUUGUGGCAGUGAUAAUGAUUGGAAAGAUCUAUCUAAAUGGGCGGAAGAAGUUUUGGGCCAAGGACUGUUCCACCCUACUCACAUUGAAGGAUUUCUCAGCCUUCAGAGUUCUGUUAGAUAUAGAAAUUCGUUUGAUGUUUCCUUAAAGGAUGAAAAGCUGGUGAAUAAAAGUUAUCACAGGCACCUAUUUGAUAAAGUGGAGAAGAUAGUAGCCAAGAAGAAUGACUUGGCGUUAAUUGGUUUGGGAAAGUUGCUUCACUUGUUUGUUUGUUGUGUUAUGAAGCAAAAUGGAUUUUCAGUUGGUAAUGCAGGUUCUAGGGGAUCAGAUUUCAGCACGGCCACUCAUGUUUCAAGUGCCCCUCAUCAUAGCCAAACAAUGGCUUCAAAAGUGACUCCAGCAAGUCGUAGUCAUAGCAUGAAUGCAGAACUUCGGCGAUCGAUAUUUGACUUUUACAUACAGAUUAUGGAAUAUCAAUUGGCAGAUAUCAAUACAUAUCUUCAAUCCGAAGGGAAAGUAGUUUCUGCAUUAUAUAAUGUUUGUAAAACACUAAGAUCCAUUAAUAGUGUACUUUUUAGCCUCGUUUGUGACAAGCUGUACCUAAGAACUGAGGAUACCUCUGAAGGGGCUUCCCGGAAUUUCUUGAAGUCUAUCCAUGCUGUGUUGAUGUCAUUAUCUGCCAAAAUGGAAACAUCAUCUUUUCGCGACGAUGAAAAAUCAAAUAGGGAAGUCUUGAUUUCUGUGAGGACAGAGCUUAUAGUUAGUGUACAUCACUUGUUAAAUAUUGAAUAUGAGGUUGUUGGGGAUGAUCUAGAAACCUUAUGGAUGAUGAUUUUCUCCUCUGCUGCCUGCUGCUAUAGUUCAAUGGACAUGCCAGGUCAGCCUCAUUUGUCCUCAGAGAUAUUGAAUCUGAGCUGCAGGCUUAUUGAUGUAUAUAGUGACCUUCGACAGAUGGAUUCUGCAAUAUAUGCACUUUGUAAAGCAGUGAGGCAAUCUUUGUUACUUGCGGGGGACAGUGAAGCAUAUUCAAAUUCAUUGAGCGUGUUGUUCUGCUCUUCAAAAUUUAGGCUCUCUCUUAGCAAUGCUAUUAAAGCCAUACCUGAAGGGCAAGGAUCUGCGUGCCUUCGGCAGUUUUGUACAGAUUUUAAGGAAUCUCUAGAGUGGAUGAGUUUUGGGGAUCACUCAGCUGGUACAGGUGAAACAGGGAAGUCAAAUUCAUGUAGCUCUGAUCCUCUGGAAGGUCAUUUGCGAGCAGAACUCCUGGGAAAGGUGUUGUGUGAAGUAUAUGCAAUCAUUCUAGACUCACUAACGGUUACUUCUGGUAAUAGCUAUUCUAUUGGUGCUUCUUUGAAGAGUUUCAUAGAAAUCAUACGCCCUAGCUUGGGUAGUCUGGUUACCCACCAGCUGGAUUGUGGCAUAGAAUUUUCUGUUUUGGUAGAUGGAAGAAUUUUGAGUAAGAGUACUGGACCAGACAGUGUGACUAUAUGCUGGAUCUUGGUGCUCUUCUUGCGAUUGAUAAUAUCCUGCAGAAGCUUAUUUCGGCAAGCCAUCUGCCUUAUGCCUCCUGAUGCUUCAAAAAUGAUGUCUGGAGUAAUAGAUGAUUCAUUAACUGUUCACUGUGGAAGGGAUUGGUUGGAGAUGACUGCUUCUGCCAGUGAAGGCUUUCUUUCCUGGAUCCUGCCACCUUCAGUGGCCCUCCUUGAUGUUAUAAAUUCUGUUUCAGAUAUAUGCAUUCAAGAUUCUGCUGUACUUUGUCCACCAUUGGUGUAUGUUUUAAAUGUAAUGGCUCUUCAGAGACUUGCUGACUUAAAUAGGCUGAUAAGGUCUUCUGAGUAUAUGCUUCAGUGGAACCAAACGAUGGAUCAGACUAAGUUGAAAGAUGAAGCUGAUUUGUCUUCUAAUCGUAAGAGAAUCCGGAAAUGGACAAAGUUUGUCCCAAAAAUGAGAAAAGAAGCUGCCAGUCUGGCAGAGUUUAUGCUGGAAUGUCUUCCGUCCAUUGCCAAUGACAAGGAGUCCUCAUCCUUGUUGGAUGAUGAUAUAGGUGGUACCCACUUUCAUGGUCUGCAUGAUAAUAAUUCGUCAAACAUCGCCGUAGGCUUCUUGGAUGAGAAGUCAUGGACAUCUAUACUGUGGCGGUUAAUUUGUAAAAAUGUCGAUAUCUGGUGCUCUUAUGCUAGCAAGAAGCACUCGAGGAAUUUUCUUACGCAUAUAAUCCAGGCAUCCCUUUCCUGUUUAGUCAGCUUUCAAGAUCACAAUAUGAGCACAACUGGGCGCCUGAAGACAGGAACUGCACCGCAGAUAGCACUGGAGUUUCUAAGCAACAUCAUAUCUUAUGAGCAAAGAUUUGUCCGCAGAUAUAUGGCCUCAAGGUUCUGCAGAAUUCUGCAGAAGUCAGUUCUAUCUAUAUUUAAUACUUCUACAGUUGAUUUGAGUAACUCACCUGAUUGGCUCGAGGCAAUAGCUGCAGUUGGAAAUACAUCUGACAUGCAAAGCAGUACUUCACCACAGACAAUCCAAAAUAUGGUACAAACUGAGUCUAGCAAUAAGCAACUUGAUGAUGAAUUUGCUAGGUGUCAGUGUCUGCUCCAUCUUCUGAUACGGAUGCCAGAAGAAUACUUAAGUUUGAAAUCUUCGUCAUUGUACAUUACGUAUAUUCUCAAUUUUGAAAGGAUUCUGGUUGGGAGCUUGUUAGGUGGGCACAGCCCAACAUGGUCUCUCGAUACUUAUCAGAUAUUUCGAUUGCUUGUGACCUGUAGAAAGGCUCUUCAGAUUUUAGCUGUAGCUUCUAGCAAAGAUAACGUGGAUGGAAGUCAAUCUCCACUUUGCUUGUUUCCUUUGCCAUGGCUUCUAAAAUCAUUGUCAGUGGCAAUUGAGUUUCAACAUGCAUUCCCUAAAGAUGUAGCUUUUGAAGCUAGAGCUGCACUUUUCUCAUUUUUGGAUUACACAUCUCAUGUGUUGCUGUUGGUUACUAAAAACCAAUACGAACAUGCAAUUAGCUCUGUUGCAUCUGUUAGGAAUUCCCACACAAAAAGAGAUAAAGCAGAUCAUGUAAGUGAACCGUCUGACCUAUCUGACCUUCUAUCAUAUCCGAAAGAGACUUUGGUUGCAUCUCGAAGUAUCUCGGAAUUAGCUAAGGCGUUAGAAGACGACCUGCAAAAGUCUAUUACUACUGUCAGGGAGGCAUCUGGUGAUAAGAAAAGAGAGUGCAUAACUGGGCCUCAGGAUUUGAAUAAGUUAUCAUCCAUAAUUGCUUGUUUCCAAGGACUAUUAUGGGGCAUAGCUUCUGCUUUAGGUGACCAAAAAGCAGUUAAUAGUAAUUCCAGAAUGAAAUCGUCAAGUUAUGAUGUUGAACUGAUGACUAGAAUGAAGUCAUGUAUAGAAGCAUAUGUGGAAUUUGCAAUAAUUUUCGUGAAGGCAGUGUUAAUUGAGGAUAAUCCAAAUCCCAGCAUGUCUGUAAAUAGUGAUGAAUUGAAAGCAAGUGCCUCAUCUGGUUGGUGCAGUGUUUUCGGAGAUGGCUCAAAUGAGGGGUGCCCUACUAAGAAAAUGGUGCCCUCUGAUAUAAUGGGUGAUCCUACAAAAUGUGAUCCUAAGAGAAAAUCCCGUUUAUCAUUUCCAGACCUGGAAGCUUUUCUGAGAGAGGUUCCACAUAAGAAACUUCAUCUUAAGAAAUCAUUGCUGAUGCAAGUUUUCAGAGGUGAGAAUCCUGAGGCGGCUUAUAUUCUUGGACAGCUGUUUAUUGCAUGUUCAGCUAUUUUAAGACUGAACUUGCAGAUUGAAUCUACUUCCUUAUCUUGGAGCUUGUUUCCAAUUGUGGUCGACAUUUCCGAGUUUAUGCUGUUGGAAUUUUCCGGAAGUGAAUUGCCAGGUCAAUUCGCUUUGCUUUGGUUAGAUGGUGUUGUGAGGUUCCUUGAAGAGCUAGGCAAUUACUUUCCACAUAUCGAUCCUUCCUUGUCCAAAGAUUUUUAUGUCAAGCUUAUAGUCUUGCAACAGAGAGCAAUUGGUAAAUGCAUCUGUUUACAAGGGAAGGAAGCAAAGUUAGCUUCCCAAGAGCGAGGAUCACUGACAAAGCUGGCUGGUCAAAUGAAGUCCCAAUUUUCUUGGGAGAGAAGUCGAUGGGCUGAAUUGAAGGAAAGGUUAAGGAUGUCAUUUAGUACGUACGUUAGGAAAUCAUCUGAAUUUCACUUACUAUCUAUCAUUCAGGCUGUUGAGAGAGCUUUAGUUGGGGUAUGGGAUGGCUCGAUGACAAAUUAUGAAAUACUUUGUGGAAGUUUAAAUGGAGGGGAGGUCUCCUCUGUAGUUGCCGCUGGUAUUGUUUGCUUGGAUUCAAUUCUUGAAUUUGUAACAGGGCCUAGGCGUUUGAAUAUGAUCAAGAAACACAUCCAGAACCUAGUUGCUGGACUUUUCAAUAUCAUCCUUCAUUUGCAGGGUCCCAGAAUCUUCUAUAGCUAUGUCGACUCAACCAAGGAUUCUGGCGGACCUGAUUCUGGAGCAGUUACUCUCAUGUGUAUCGAAUUACUAACAAAAAUAUCUGGAAAACCCUCUUUCUUCGAAAUAGAUGCCUGCCAUGUUGCACAGUCCCUGCGCGUACCUGGGGCACUUUUUCAAUACUUUCUACAACUUCUGAUAUCUGAAUCUCCUAUCAAAGCUGUUGUGGAUCGAAAGGCAUCAAUGGAGCUAUAUGAUGCAUGUUGCCGUAUGCUAUGCACUGCUCUUAAGCAUCAUAAAAGUGAGACUCGUCAGUGCAUAGCUCUUCUUCAAGAUUCGGUUAGUAUUCUUCUUCAUUGCUUACAGACAGUAAAUACCGAACAUGUUUCUGGAAGAGAGAUUUUCGCUUGGGAAAUACAAGAGGCCGUAAUAUGUGCCAGCAGUCUGCGAAGAAUAUAUGAAGAGGUCCGCCAACAGAAGGAUGUUUUUGGGCAAUUCUCGUUUCAGUUUCUGUCGCGUUACAUAUGGGUUUACUGUGGAUUUGGCCCAGCUAAAACUGGCAUCAUAAGGGAAGUAGACGAGGCUCUGAAGCCCGGCCUAUAUGCUCUAGUCGACUCAUGCUCAGCCGAUGAUCUCCAACUCCUUCACACUACGUUUGGAGAGGGUCCCUGCAGAAGUACCCUGGCAGCUCUGCAGCAUGAUUACAAGGUUCAUUUCCAGUUUGAGGGGAAGGUUUGAUGAUUGAUAACACUCUCUCUGCUGUCUACGUACCAAAUUUUGUCGGGUCGAACGGCGUUGGGAAGAAGCUUCUAGAAAUAUCUCCCACAUUUGUGAAGUCUUGGUUUGAUGAGAAGCUUGAUUCGAGAAUGGUGGACUCGCAUGUUUCUGUGGUGAACUGAAUUUUUCAAGAUUUUCAGGGUGCAAUUCAAGAAGCUCGUGGUACGACAUUGCGAUUCGGCUGCCUUUUCACAUUACAUUUUCUUAUCUUUUUAAUUUUUUUAUCUUUUAUUUUUGCCCCAUAAGUUUUGAAGCAUGUUGUAAUGAGGUGCAAUAUUUGUUUUAAGAUUCGAAUGUAAUCUCAAACUUUUGAUAGCGAUAAAAUUGAUGUUGUAUUUAACUUUUUAAAAGUGUUGGUGGGUAAAAAUGCUCAUUUUCAUUAAUUAUA